AUGGCCGACGGUCUGCAAAUGGGAAACCUUUCCCUCAACGAAUCCCAGCACGCGCCCCAGGCUCCCACCGGGCGUGCUGCCUACAUCCCUCCGCACCUCCGCCAGCAGCGUAACGCCGGUGCCAACAUGGACGGUGCUGCCCCUCCCCCGGGCCCUGGCUACGGUGGUCCUCGGGGUGGUCCUCGCGGCAACUGGGCCAACGCCAACGCUCCUGACUUCAGCCCUCGCGGUCCCGCCAAUGGUAACCCAAACUGGAACUCUACUGGUCAAAACCGGCCCUUCAACCCAUAUGCUUACGGACACCCAGGACACGGAGGCGGCUCGUACGGUGGUGGACAUGGUGGCUCUCCCCGAGGCUCGGGUGAUGGCCAAUGGCGCGAUGGCAAGCACAUCCCCGGUCCUGCCAAUGCCCGUGUGGAGCGUGACCUGUUCGGAGUUCCCAACGACCCCGCAAAGCAACAAACCGGCAUCAACUUUGCCAACUACGAUGACAUCCCCGUGGAGGCGUCCGGUAACCAUGUCCCGGAGCCCGUCAACGCCUUCACCAACCCGCCGCUUGACGACCACCUGAUCUCGAACAUCAAGCUCGCUAGCUAUGUCACUCCCACUCCUGUCCAGAAGUACUCGAUUCCCAUUGUUAUGAACGGCCGUGAUCUGAUGGCUUGCGCCCAGACCGGUUCGGGUAAGACCGGUGGUUUCCUCUUCCCCAUCCUCUCCCAGGCCUUCCAGAAUGGCCCGUCUGUGGUCCCCCCACAGGCUUCCGGCCAGUUCAGCUACGGUCGUCAGCGCAAGGCUUACCCCACCUCGCUCAUCCUUGCCCCGACCCGUGAGCUGGUCUCUCAGAUCUUCGACGAGGCCCGCAAGUUCGCUUACCGCUCGUGGGUUCGCCCCUGUGUCGUGUACGGUGGUGCCGACAUUGGCUCCCAACUGCGCCAGAUCGAGCGUGGCUGUGACCUUCUGGUUGCAACCCCCGGUCGUCUGGUCGACUUGAUUGAGCGUGGCCGUAUCUCCCUGGUCAACAUCAAGUACCUCGUCCUGGAUGAGGCUGACCGCAUGCUGGACAUGGGUUUCGAGCCCCAGAUUCGCCGCAUUGUUGAGGGUGAAGACAUGCCGCGUGUGGAGGACCGCCAGACUCUCAUGUUUUCGGCCACCUUCCCCCGCGACAUCCAGAUGCUGGCCCGAGACUUCCUCAAGGACUACGUUUUCUUGUCAGUUGGUCGUGUCGGUUCCACGUCGGAGAACAUCACCCAGAAGGUGGAAUACGUUGAGGACCACGACAAGCGCUCGGUCCUGCUGGAUAUCCUCCACACUCACGGCACCAGCGGUCUGACCUUGAUCUUCGUUGAGACCAAGCGUAUGGCGGACUCACUCUCCGACUUCCUUAUCAACCAGCGUUUCCCGGCCACCGCCAUCCACGGUGACCGUACCCAACGCGAGCGUGAGCGUGCUCUGGAGUUCUUCCGUAACGGUCGCUGCCCCAUCCUGGUUGCCACUGCUGUUGCUGCCCGUGGUCUGGAUAUCCCCAAUGUCACCCACGUCAUCAACUACGACCUGCCUACCGACAUUGACGACUAUGUUCACCGUAUUGGCCGUACCGGCCGUGCUGGUAACACUGGUAUUGCCACUGCCUUCUUCAACCGUGGCAACCGUGGUGUGGUCCGUGACCUGCUCGACCUCCUGAAGGAGGCCCACCAGGAGGUUCCUGCUUUCCUGGAGAGCAUUGCUCGUGAAGGUAGCGGAUACGGUGGUCGUGGUGGUCGUGGUGGCGGCCGUGGCCGUGGUGCCAAUGCCACCCGUGACAUGCGUCGUUACGGUGGCAUGGGUGGUCCCCCGUCUUCCUUCGGCGGUGGUGGUAGCGGUUACGCACCCGCUCCGUCGUCCUACGGCGGCGGCGGUGGUGGUGGCUAUGGAGGUACCCCCUCCUAUGGCGGCGGCGGCUACGGUGGUGGCUACGGCGGCGGCUACGGCAACCCGUCUGGCCCUACCGGCCCGUCUUCCUGGUGGUAA